AUGAAGCGACCUUGCGAAGAAACUACCUCAGACAGCGACAUGGACGAGACGAUAGACGUGGGGAGUGAGAACAACUACUCGGGGCAAAGUAAUAGUUCUGUCAUUCGAUCAAAUUCCCCCACAACAACAUCUCAGAUUAUGGCCAGAAAGAAAAGAAGAGGGAUAAUAGAGAAAAGGCGCCGUGAUCGUAUAAAUAACAGUUUAUCAGAGCUGAGGCGGCUUGUGCCAACUGCUUUUGAAAAACAAGGAUCUGCCAAAUUAGAAAAAGCGGAAAUACUGCAAAUGACAGUGGAUCAUCUGAAGAUGCUGCAGGCAACUGGAGGCAAAGGUUACUUUGACGCUCAUUCCCUGGCCAUGGAUUUCAUGAGCAUUGGCUUCCGGGAGUGCCUGACAGAAGUGGCGAGGUACCUGACUUCGGUGGAAGGUCUCGACACGUCCGACCCCCUGCGUGUUAGGCUCGUGUCUCACCUGAGCACUUGUGCCUCUCAGAGGG